AUGAACUUGUGUAAUAACUUCUGUAUCCUCGUCUUGAUACGAUUGUGCGGGGCUAUCGCUAUUAACGGAAGCAAUGCUGUAGCAAGGGGAUUUCUGAUUUAUAGAACAGUGUCUGUCACUCAAAGUUUAUGCAACUGCCCGAUGUCCUUUUCCUGCUCCUGCUGUCAGAGCGUGAUUAUUCUGUAUACUAAGAGGGAGAAGAAUCUGUGUGUGAAUUUUACAUAUCAGAGAAACGGCUUGAACGUAGACGUCGCGUUGAGUUCAGACACAAUCAAUACCAGAACCAUCACAAAUCGAUUUGAUUGUCUCACAGAUUACAAAGCAUUUCAGUUUUGCAUGUAUAUUCCUGGUUGCCUUUUCUCGACCGCGUGUGUCAACAUUUUGGAGCUCAAUCGAUUUUCCAAAUCCAUCACGGCUUGCCUUCGUCUGGACAUUUACUCCAAGAAACAUCUCUGGCAGAUCAAUUACGGUUGCACGAACGUAUCUACGGAAUUGCCAAUGAUAUCAAUGACAGAUAUCACACCGAGAAUGACAGAUACACAACACGAAGGAGUACCCCUAACGGGAAACGGGCUUACCGGAAGAACGUCGAUGACGGAAUCAAUGACAAAUCAAAUGAUGACUAUGGCAAUGCCGGAAGCAAGUUCCGUGGGAGCAGCCGGAAUGACAGGGCAAGCGAAUGGAAUGACUGAAAUGAGUUCCGGGCAAACGGAGCAGACAGCCAUCGAUUAAACAGAUGAUUGUGGGUAUAAAAAGGAACGACAGAUAAAUGAUAAAUUUAAUGGGAAUAUGAAAUAUUGAGAAUAAUGCAAUAAGUUAGAAAUAAUAACGAAUAUAAAAUAAGAGAAGAAAUAGUAGUAGACUG